CUUGACCGCUGCAAGGACAGCACGGCAACACACUUUACAUGGCUCUGAUGUCAAUGUAGUAAGUACCAAAAGUCUUUGCCUGGGGUCAGGCGUUAAGUCCAUGGUGUUGUGAGGACUUGUGAGAUGACAGAGCCUCACUGCAUUUUGACAGACAAUCCAAUACGAUUAUAUUGAGUACUUUGUUCUUCCAAUAACAUGGAAGCUACUCCAUAUGCACUUCCUGUGCGCCACGCCUGGUGGACAGACAGCACACCAGACACUGAGAAGGAGAACAGGCCUCACCAGAUUAGCCUCUUGAGCCUGCAAAGCCACAAGCCACCGGAUCCUAUAAGUCUACAAAGCUGUGCGCCUGAGAGGUUUGAUGGAAAUGGGCAUUAUAUUUCACAAAAGGACAAGAGGGAGCGGAUUGCUUCAGAGGACCAUGGCACAUACCAAGGAGGUAUGGAUGACAUCCGGCAACCAAGCUACUCGGGCUUCAAUCAGGCCUUGGAGGCUGCCGCUGCUCAGACUUCUACCGCCAUAACAGAUAUGCCUGCACCUAGCACACCCACAGGUAGAAGAAGGAGCUCGAUGGGGGAUCCUUCUUCUCCUCCGUCAAAGAGACCUAUGUUCGCCACUGUGUAUGGCAGCAGCCCUGGCAACACCCCAAUGCCCAGGUCUUCUUCUUCGGUCCUGCGGGACCUUCCAAUAGCUCCCAAGAAGCCUGUCAGCCCGUUCAAUGAGCCAUGCAGAACGUUGAAGUUCAACACAGGAAUGCCCCCAUGCAUGCAGUCAUGCCCUGGCCGAGCACAGGACAGCGCACGGCGCCAUGCAGCAGGGAACUCUCACCCUCGAGUCAGGGUGCGGCGUGCUCUGGACCUGCAGACCCCAGGCGCGCAGAGGGGGUUGGACUGCAGCUUCGCAUCUCCCUUUGAGCCGUCGCACUCGCUCAGCAGCCAGAGCCCUGACCCAUGUACGCCGCGCGCAUCAGCCCCGGCUUCUGUCGAGCCAGGGGAGCAGCUGUGCAGCCUGGAUGAGACGUCCGACUGGCAGCAGGGCA